CCAAGAAUAAACAGAGCCACCCCAGAAGGCACAAAGCACCUCCCUUUACCAAAAACCAGACACACCCCAUAUUCUCUCUCUCUCUCUCUAUAUCUCUUUCUCUCUCUAGAAUAUAAAGCUAUCUCCUUUACAAUCUGUACACAUACCCCAUAUUCAUUUUCUGGUUGUAAAGUUUCUGUGAAGCAAAGAAGAAGAAGAAAAAAAUGGUGAAGUACCAGAGGAAAAACAUGUACACCCAGUUCAAGAAGAGCAAAGAGUACAUGGUUGAUGAAGACGAAGAGCCCGGCCCGACCCGGUUCGGGUUAAUCUGCGGAAACAACGGCUACUUCAACAGAAGAGGAGCCAACCCUAAGUUCUUGUGCUUCGUGUUUCUCUCUCUUGUUUCUUGCAGCUUGAUUCUAGCUCCCCUCUUCUUGUCCUGCGACUCCAAUUUCCUUCUUCAUUCGUUUGGGCCCAAUAGAGAAGGGCUUGGUCCUGAAACUGAUGUUUGCUCCUCUGUUCCUAACGGAACUAUUUGUUGUGACAGAAGCAGCACAAGAUCAGACAUAUGUAUAAUGAGAGGUGACAUAAGAACCCACUCCACCUCCUCCUCCAUCACCCUCUACCAAUCCGAUCAACCUUCCGGCAUAUCCGACGGUGGAGACGAGGCGGCAAUCCACCACGAAAGAAUCCGGCCCUACACUCGUAAAUGGGAGAAGCAAAUGAUGGAAACAGUCGACGAAUUGCACCUCACCGUAAAACGACACUCCACACCCCACCACAAAUGCGACGUCCACCACGACGUACCGGCGGUUUUCUUCUCCACCGGAGGGUAUACCGGUAAUCUUUACCACGAAUUCAACGACGGGAUUUUGCCCCUGUACAUCACCUCCCAGCAUUUGAACAAGAAGGUCGUUUUCGUCAUUCUUGAGUACCAUGAUUGGUGGAUCACAAAGUACGGCGACAUACUCUCUCAACUCUCCGAUUUCCCGCCUAUAGAUUUCAACAACGACAAAAGAGUCCAUUGCUUCCCUGAAGCGACUAUCGGUUUAAAAAUCCACAACGAACUCACAAUCGAUUCUUCUUUGAUGGAAGGCAAUAAGACCAUAGGAGAUUUUCACGAUCUUCUUGAUCGAGCUUAUUGGCCUCGCAUUAGCGGCCUCAUCGAAGACGAAAAACGUGAAGAAAUAGUAGAGAUACCAAAAAUGAUUCAAGAUUUACGUAAACCGAAACUCGUUAUAGUAUCGAGAAACGGGUCGAGGGAAAUCACCAACGAGGAUUCGUUGGUAAAGAUGGCCGAAAAUAUCGGUUUCGUCGUUGAAGUGUUGAGGCCUCAAAGAACAACCGAGCUGGCGAAAAUCUACCGAGUCUUGAACUCGAGUGACGUUGUUAUUGGGGUCCACGGAGCCGCCAUGACCCAUUUCCUAUUCAUGAAACCUGGUUCGUUUUUCAUUCAAGUAGUGCCACUUGGCACCGAUUGGGCAGCGGAGACCUACUACGGCGACCCGGCUGUAAGAUUCGGUUUGAGGUACGUCGGCUACAAGAUACUUCCAAGGGAGAGCUCGUUGUACGAGCGUUAUAGCAGAAACGACCCCGUUUUGGUGGACCCCGAUAGUGUGAACAGAAAGGGGUGGGAGUACACGAAGAGAAUCUAUCUCGACGGGCAGAAUGUGAGGCUCGAUCUCGGAAGGUUCCGGAAGAAGUUGCUUCGUGGGUAUUACUACUCCGUGGCGAAGAAGAACGGGCGUUUACGGUCGAAAGUUGCGGUUACUAAUUCGCAUCUUUACUGAGUUUUUUUUGUAUUGUUUGUUGUAAAAAAAAAAAAAGAGCUAGUGUAUUUUUUAACUUUUGUACAUUAUUAAAUGUUUAGAAUUAUUGUAAGCUUAUUCUUUUAUUCUUUGUUAUUUA